AUGCCCAGCUCAUCCAAAUCUACAGGCUGCAGCUGGCGUCUGGCAGUGGCGGCCAUGAUGGCGAACCUGAGUGGCCUGAUGCUGGGUUAUGAAAUGGGGCUGACCUCGGGGGUGCUGCUGCAGCUGCGAGGUCUUCUGUCUCUGUCCUGUCAGGAGCAGGAGGUGCUGGUCAGUGCGCACGUGUUUGGAGCACUGUUCAUCUGUCUGACAGGAGGUCCCAUCCUGGACCGGUAUGGCCGACGCUGCUCUCUUCUCCUGAGCGCCGCCCUGGUGGUGGUGGGAACUGUAGUCCUCAUCUCCAUCACGUCGCUGGUGUCUGUUGCUGCGGGUCGUGUGAUAGUGGGAAUGGGAACCAGUCUGUCUGGAACUUCGGCGUAUUUAUACAUCGCAGAGAUCUCCCCCAGAGAGCGGCGCGGCCUGCUGGUGACUCUCUACGAGUUCAUGUUAGUUCUGGGUGUGAUGCUUGGCUUCAGCUGUAGUUACGCCUUUGCUGCUGUGCCUCACGGCUGGACAUUUACAUUUGGACUGGUCAUUCCCCCAGCACUGCUGCAGUUUGGGGCAUUUCUGUUUCUCCCUCCUAGUCCUCGCUUCCUGGUUGCAAAAGGAAAUGUGAAGAAGGCCAGGAUUGUGUUGCAGAAAAUGAGAGCAGGGUUAAAGGAGGACAUUGAAGUGGAACUACAGGACAUCCAGACGGGACUGAGGGAAGAAUCUGAGUACAGUUUCAGACAGUUAUUUAGUUCUGAGGCCAACCUGAGAGCUCGACUGUUUACAGGUGUAGCACUAGUGUUUCUGCAGCAGGUCACGGGACAGCCCAACAUCCUCUCCUACGCCUCUCCUCUACUGCGCAGCAUGGGCUUCACCAGUGACGAUGCGGCCACUCUGGCUUCCACUGGCUUCGGAGUGGUCAAAGUGGUGGGGACCAUCCCGGCUGUGAUGCUUGUUGAUCGCGUCGGACCCAAAAGCUUCCUGUGUGUGGGUGCUGUGGUCAUGGGGCUGUCACUAGCCACUCUGGGGACAUUAACACUGCAGAGCCAGACUCACCUCUCCAGCCUUUGUAAAAGUCACACACUAGACAACAGUACACUCCAAAUGUGGGAACUGAACUGGAACACCACUGAAAAUGAUACAUUUAAUAUGGAAACCUUCUCAAGCACAUGGCAGCCAGAGGGGGCUCAGAGGACUAACUUUCAGGCUUCACUGAAUGAAGGGACUGGAACUGUGUCGACCUCUCUGAAAUGGGCCUCACUCAUCGCCCUCCUGGUCUAUGUGGCAGGCUUCUCCUUCAGCCUUGGGCCAAUGGUGUAUGUGAUGAUCAGCGAGAUCUUUCCAAUGGGAGUCCGGGGCAGGGCUGCAUCCGUAGUGGGCGCAGUAAACUGGGCUACAAACCUGCUCAUAUCCAUGACAUUUCUGACUUUAACAGAAAUGGUGGGACUACCCAGUAUGCUGUUCCUUUACGCUGGGAUGUGCUUUGUUCUGUUGGUGUUUGUCAUUCUCUGCAUCCCAGACACAAAAGGGCGCACUCUCGAGGAGAUUUCUAAGGAGCUAGCAAAAAAAAACCACUUUGAGAUGGGAUGGUGCACGACAAGACGGACUAAGGCAGGUCUGAUGAGCUGCGCUGAACAGGGCUCAAGUUGA